AUGUCGACGGAAUCAUCGACGGAACCAUCGAACGAAGUCGAGGACAAUGAACUGUCCCAAGACGCGCUGAGACGCAAGCGAAGGACAGAAUACAAGCGGCGACAAGGCGGUCAAUCAUUCCUCGACCAUGUCAUAGUUCAUGUCCGCGGUGGUCUGGGCGGUGAUGGGUGUGUCGCAUUCCACCGCGAAAAGUUCAAGCCGUACGGUCCUCCGUCCGGCGGAAAUGGCGGACGCGGGGCUGAUGUCUACAUCCAAGCGUCGCCUCAUCUCACGACGCUCUCGUCCGUGCCCACACGAAUACGUGGUCCGCCCGGCGGCAACGGCCAAGGGACGUGGCAACACGGCAAGAACGCCCCGCCACUCGUUAUCAAGGUCCCGCUGGGCACGAUCGUGCGCGAGCUCCCGCGCGACGACCUGCGCCGCAGCAAGGACGAGUACGAAGCCGAGGCCGAGGCGCUGGAGGAGCUCGACCCGGAGGAGCGCAAGAAGAAGAUUCGCGAGCGCCGCUGGGUGCACUACCCCAUGCACGAGGAUGAAAACGUCGGGCGCGACACGUUCCGCGACGCCGAGCGUGCGCUGGUCCGCGAGGAGCGCGAGCGCCGCUGGCAUCGUCGCCAGCGCCAGGCACAGUCUAUCUACCUUGACCUCGAUCGGCCAGACGAGGCGGAGGACGCAGUGGACCCGAACGCGCCGCUGGGCUCGCGGCGCCACGAGCCCAUGGGGCACCUCAUUGCGGCGGGCGGGACUGGUGGCGUCGGCAACCCGCACUUCCUCUCCGCGGCGAACCGCUCGCCGAAGUUCGCGACCCGCGGGUGCGACGGCGAGCGCGUGUCGCUGUCGCUCGAGCUCAAGCUGCUCGCGGACGUGGGGCUUGUCGGGAUGCCGAACGCGGGGAAGAGCACGCUCCUGCGCGCGCUCUCGGGCGGGCGCGCGAGGACGGAGGUCGCAGGGUAUGCAUUUACGACGCUGAACCCGGUGGUUGCUGUCAUCCGGGUUGCGGACGACGGGAGCUUCGACGGCUCGGAGGGCCGGGUCUACGACGAGACGCGGGUCGAGGAGCAGCGCGAUAGGGAGAUGCUGGAGAGCGGUGCGCUCGCCGACGCGGCGACGCGGAAUCAGCGGCUAGAACACGAUGCUGCAGGCGAGGAGGAUCGCCAUACUGCUCUAGAAGCAUUCCGGUUCACGGUCGCCGAUAAUCCCGGCCUGAUUGAGGAGGCGUCGUUGAAUGUCGGCCUGGGGCACUCCUUCCUGCGGUCGAUCGAACGCUCGCACGCGCUCGUGUACGUUGUCGACCUGUCGUCGCCCGCGCCAUGGGACGACCUGCGCGUGCUCCGAGACGAGAUCGAGAUGUACAAGCCCGGGAUCAGCCCCAAGGCGCGCAUGGUGCUCGCGAACAAGGCCGACCUGCUGGGCGGCGCUGAAGGCCAGGAGAAUGCCGAUGCGGUGCUGGAGGCCCGGGAAAAGCUCAGAACGCUGGAGGCGUUCGUGGAGCGGGAGAUGGCUGUCGCUGUGCAGGACGUCGAGGGGAAUGUGGUCGGGAGACACAAGCUCGAUGUCGUCCCCAUUUCUGCGAAGUACAGUAUGAACCUACGGAAAGUGGUAGGCCUCAUGCGAGGAUACGUAGAGGAGGCUAGGACCGGGAUACAAGCUGUCGCCGGCGACGCUUCCAGCGAUGCGGCAUUGUCAUCAUCCCUCGAGGAAUCGUGACGUCUCGUCUCCCUUUUUUAUUGCAGUAUCGGUACAUUACGACUGAGAAGGUCUGAAGCAGUACACAAAAAGGACAAUACAGACAUGACUGCUAAACAAAACGAACAGACAUCAUGUUUUUGCUCAUGCACCCUCCACACGACGAAUCAUCCGCCUCUCCCGCUCGCCGACAACUUUGACCAGGCCCUCCUGUUCCAGCUCCCGAAUGACCUGCUGG